UACGUGUAUUUAAAUAUAUAUUUAUUUAAAAAAUCUCAUAAGAGAAGAUACAAUGUUCGUACUGAAAUUGGUGCUUGUUGCGUGCGCAGUAUUGGUAAAAUGUGACGCAGCCUUCGUGGACACACUAACAAAAUGUAGUAUUCAAAAUGACGAAUGCCUUAGUAACUUUUACGAAAGCAGUCUACGAAAAAUCGGCUCAGUGGGCAUCCCGGAAAUAAAUAUGCCUCCCAUUGAUCCCUACAAAAUUACGAACGUAACAGUAAAAGUAUUGGACGUGGUCACAGUAACGAUGACCGAUGGAGUUCUUAGGGGACUCAGUAAAUGUAAAUCAUUAAAGUACCAUAUGGAUUUGAAAAAACGAACUGUCGUACAGGAAUUUGUUUGCAACUUAUCAAUAAUAGGCAACAUCGUCAUCGAAGGCUCGAGUCCAGCAGUCCAAGGAAUCUUUGGUGCUCCAUCAAUUGACGGCGUGGGCACGGGAAAAGUUAAACUUGAAAAGUUAUUUUUCCGCUUUGAUUUUCCACUCAUCCCUUUCAAGAAAGAGGACGGUGAAGUUUAUUUUAAGAUUUUGAACAAAAAUAUUAAAUACAAGUAUGAUGUUAAAAAAGUCAUUUUUGAAGCUGAGAAGUUAAUGGUUGGAUCAGAGGAUAUCAGUAAAGUUGUUAUUCCUUAUUUAAAUAAUAAUUAUGAAAUAAUGCUACAGAUCAUCGGCCCUGAGUUCUUUAAGAAAGGCAAGGACAUCUUUGUGGAUGUUUACAAUAUGUUCAUAGGGCGCAUAUCUACGAAAAAUUACCUCAGCGAGAAUCUAUCUUAUCUUGUAGACUAAAACGUAUUUUAUUAAAUAUCUGUAAUUUUAUGUUUGUGGUAAAUAAAUAGUGUUUAUUAAAUGUUUCUUUUUGUCCUUUCAUACUUCA